AUGGCCUCGGAUGUAAUCGACCUAAUCUCAUCCAGCCCUGUGCGAACAACCACCUCCAGACCAUCGGCCUGCGUGCAACAGCCAGCAAAACGCCGUGAUGAUAUCGACGACUUUGACGACCUUGACGACGAUGUAUUUGAUGUACUGGAUGAUCGGCAAGCCAAACGCAAAAGGACAACAGGACCGGGUGACGCGCAAACCAACUGCGACAAACUCACCACUGCAAUCUCGUCGAAACCCCCGUUGCCGCUAAAAGAGCAGACGAGUCGCUAUCAGAACCCAACAGUAUGGGAUCCCAUUGAGUUUACAAGCUCCUUGGAGCCGGUUUCGCCGGCUAAAGAACAAAUCGAUAAAGGACUGCCAUCGCAGACAUCUGUUGCUAAAAAGGCUAUUGGAAAUUCAACAUGCGAAGACGCAAUUUCGUGCUUCAGCUCUGACCCCUUCGCCAGCUCUCCCCAUCCUCUGCCCGGGAGACCACUUGCUAGCAAGAGGGCUGUGUCUCUUGACCCCUUUUGCAGCUCACCUCCACCAUCGCUGACUACAUCUCGAAGUCGGAACACGGCCACGGAAUAUGGCAAAGGAAGAGAUGGGCUACGCUGGCAAGCUGGAAUUUCCCGACAGUCCGCAAUCGAAGUGCAUGAGGAUGUCGACACCAGCUUAUUCGCUGACCCCCAACUGCCUAGAUGGGCCAAUGAACCCGUAGUCUUGGAAGACCUAAUCACUAUUGAUGAUUCUGACUCGUUGAGUGAUGAUGCCAAUGACGCAUUACCAGCCAUCUCAGACAUGGAUGUCUCAAAGCGCCGUGCUCGAUCGCCAUUGCGACGGUCGCAGAGCGACUUGACAUGGUCCAAGUCUAGGACUUGCUACUCGGCUACAUCCACAAAAAGGGUGAAGCCACAAAAGACAGCCCAUGAGCGAGAGGUCGAGAAGACGAAGAAGCGACUGGAGAGAGAGGAAGCCAAGGCUGCGAAAGCCGCAGAGAAACAACGGGCCGCUGCUCUGGUGGAAGUAAAUAAGCUUCGCACCGACAAGAAAGUAUCGACCCCGGAAAUGAUUGUAGAUUUACCUUCUGGCCUCAGCUCAGAGCUGCGAAUUCAAGUCCAAGAGAUGUUGCAAGGCCUUGGCGUGGACCAUGCAACUUGGGAUUGCCCCAAACACAGCAUCAUCAAGUGGCGGAGGAAGGUGACGAGCAAAUACAACGAUGAUAUUGGCUUAUGGGAGCCAGUGCCAGCAAAGAUUGUCGACGAGGAAAUUGCCAUGAUAAUCGUUACAGCUGAAGAAGUUGUUGCCAUGGCGCUGGGUGACUUGCUGGCAAGUCAUGUCGCCGAUAUCAAGACGCAUCACGGCAGCAUGAAGUUUGUGUACCUUGUUCAGGGCAUGACGCCGUGGCUCCGCCAGAAUCGCAACAACCGAAACCGACAUUUUGCCUCUGGUGUUCGAUCCACGGGCGCGGCCGCAUCCUCCUCGUCGCGCACCAACAACGCUGAGUAUAUCUCGGAGGACACUGUUGAAGAUGCCAUGCUGGCCCUUCAAGUCGAGCACGGGAUGCUCAUUCACCAUACGGCCGUUGCCAUAGACACGGCUAGGUGGGUAAUCAACUUUACGCAGCACGUCUCCACGAUCCCGUACAGGAUGCAGCGGGAUCAGGCAACUUCCGUCGCCGGCUUUUGCAUGGAGAGCGGUCAAGUGCGAACCGGGGACAGUGCCCACGACACGUACGUGAGGACGUUGCAACAGGUUGUGCGGGUCACUGCGCCCAUCGCGUAUGGCAUUGCGGCCGAGUUUGACAGUAUUACAAAGUUGGUGCAGGGGCUGGAACGCGGUGGUCCGGAGAGGCUUGAUUCCGUGAGGAAGAGCGCCAACAAGGACGGCGCCGUGUCGGACCGGACACUGGGGCAAGCCAUCAGUCGGCGAAUGUACAAGGUAUUCACGGGCAAAGAUGAAGACAGCACGGAUGUAUGA